AUGCGUUGUCAUCCACCUGAACCCGGCCGGGCCGAGUCGGGGUCCCGGUCUCUGGGUCCGAGGAUGCCGUGCCGGCGGGAGUUUCGGGGGUUGCUUAAUUGUCAUCAUGACCCGACCGCAGGCUGUUGUUCCCUUCCAUCCGACGACUCACUCAACCUGGCCGACAUUGGCCGUCCACAACACGAUGGAAACGCGAGUGAAAAAAAUAGGUCGCAGUAA